AUAUAAAAUAUCGAAAAGAGCAGAGAGCUUGAAUUUGAAAAUCAUUCACAUAUUACUUGCUCUGUGUUCACGAGUUUAUUUUCUAAAAUGAUGAUACGAGGUGUAACAAUUGUAUAAUUUCAUGAAUAAAAUUUAACAGUUACAUAAUAUACGAUUAUAAAUGAAAAUACCAUGGAGGGUGGUAGUACAACUGGAUCGGAUGAAUAUAAAUAUGCGUUUAGUUCAAUAAACGAAAGACCUGUAGACGAUAUUUCGCUGGAAUUUUUUUAUAAACCACAUACUAUUACACUUUUAGCUGUAUCAAUUGCGGCAGUUAUUUAUACAGCAUUUGUCAGAGAUGAAAGUAAUAUUCAAGACAAUAUAUGGUCUGGAAUAUGUUGUGUAGUAUUUUUCUUUUUAAUAGUAUCAGUACUUACAUUUCCUAAUGGACCCUUUACGAGACCUCACCCAGCUGUAUGGAGAAUUGUUUUUGGCAUGUCAGUGCUUUACUUAUUGGCAUUAUUGUUCCUUUUAUUCCAAAGUUAUUCAUCAGUCUAUGCCAUAAUGUAUUGGAUUGAUCCAAACUUACGCAAUUUCCAUAUUGACAUGGAUAAGGAAUAUGCUGUGAAUUGCACUGAUAUAAGUUUGUCCAGAAUCUGGUCUCACUUGGAUGUUUUUGCUUGGGGUCAUUUUUUGGGAUGGAUGUUUAAAGCAAUAUUAUUUAGACAUACAGGCCUUCUAUGGGCUAUCUCAAUAAUGUGGGAAAUAACAGAGAUAGCGUUUGCACAUUUAUUACCGAAUUUCUUAGAAUGUUGGUGGGAUUCAAUCAUCCUAGAUGUUCUUAUAUGCAACGGAUUUGGAAUUUGGUGUGGUUUGAAGAUAUGUAAGGCUUUAGAAAUGAGGGAGUACAAAUGGGUUAGCAUCAGGGACAUUUCUUCUACAACUGGUAAAAUAAAGCGUGCAAUUCUGCAAUUUACACCAGUGCAGUGGACACCUGUGCGUUGGUUAGAUCCCAACUGUACAUAUAUGAGAUUCUUUGCACUCAGUCAGCUUGUGGUGUUUUGGCAAUUAUCAGAAUUGAAUACCUUUUUCUUGAAACAUAUAUUUGAAAUGCCACCAUCACAUCCUCUAGUCAUAGCUAGACUUGUUCUUAUAGGUGUUAUUGUAGCUCCAUCAGUUAGACAAUAUUAUACUUACGUCACUGACCCUAAAUGCAAAAGAGUUGGUACCCAAUGCUGGGUAUAUGGGGCUAUAAUGGUAACGGAAUCAAUGCUCUGUAUAAAAAAUGGAAAGGAACUUUUUGGUCAAGCUCAAGUGUGCAAUGUUAUUGUAUGGCUAGUCAUCCAAAUGUUAGUCUCUGUUGGCUGUGUUUAUGGUGUUGUAUUAUAUGACGGAUAUUUUAAGCCAAAUAGUUUAAGCUCUAAUGCAAGUACUCCGAAGAAAGAUAACUAACUAAAGGUGCCUCCAAUAGUGGAGUAGUAAAAAUAAGUCAAUAAUUAAAGGUAGCUGGUACAACCAUGUAUAUAUCAAGGAGGAUAGUGGUGUGUCAUAAAAUUAAGUAGUUACAAUUUAUUUUAAAGCUCCUAUUUCUGCCAAAUUGUUUUAAAAG